UCUUAAACCUGUCAUCGAUUCCUAUUGGCCCAUUUCAUUGCGAUGCUCACUAAUAAUCCAAUCAGGACACUUGGGAUCCAAUUCACAUUUCUUUUUCAUGAAACGUACAAAACAAUGUAAUAUUUGCAUGCCAAAACGUUCAGUUUGACAAAGCGCCUGUGUUCGUAUUCGCAGGGCAAAACCAUUUCUGACUGGAGCUGCACAAUGAAGGUGCUUUUCCUACUCUCUCUGCUGACGUUAUGUCACACGAAACCAUACACGCCGAUCAAUGUCAUGGAUUUCAUCAAGCAUCAUGACAUCAUGCAACAAGAUGCGGCUGACUAUGAUGAUGACGACGAUGAUGAUGAUGACGACGAUGACCAUUACGACAGUUACGAUGAUAACUUUGUUUCGGACUGUCCUGAAGGGUGUCGGUGCUCAAAGAGAGUUCUGCAGUGUUCAGAUCAGGGUCUGACCAAGGUGCCAAAGGACAUUCCCUCAAACACAUUGCUGCUCGAUCUCCAAAACAAUGACAUCACAGAAAUCAAGGAAGACGAUUUCAAAGGCUUGGAUAAUCUCUAUGCCCUGUUUCUGCUCAAUAACCAGAUAUCAAAAAUUCACCCAAAGGCCUUUCGCAACACGAACAAACUCAAGAUUCUCCACCUGUCGUACAACCUGCUGACGCAAACGCCCGAGAACCUUCCCAGCGGCAUUCAAUCACUGCGUCUGCACGACAACAAGAUCAGCAGACUCCCCAAAGGAGCGUUUAGAGGAAUGCAAGACCUAAACGUUUUAGAACUGAGUGCAAAUCCAAUUGCAAACAGCGGGAUUGAGCCAGGAGCUUUUGACGACAUGGCGACUCAAUACUUGAGAAUCGCUGAAGCAAGGCUUACAGCUAUCCCUAAAGAUCUGCCAUCUUCCCUCACUGAACUUCACUUGGACUAUAACAAGAUUGCCAAAGUGGAGUCGGAGGAUUUUUUGAGAUUAAAAAGCCUCCAAAGGUUGUGGCUUGACUUCAAUCAGAUCAAGUACGUGGAGAACGGAAGCUUCGCAGCCAAUACCAAAGUCAGAGAAAUCCAUCUGGAUAACAAUAAACUGAAGAAGGUUCCUCCGGGCUUGAACAACCUGAAAUAUCUGCAGGUGGUGUACUUACAUGCCAACAGCAUCACUUCGGUUGGAGUGAAUGACUUUUGCCCGACGAGAACCCGGGUUAAGAAAGCCCUUUACACUAGGAUCAGUUUAUAUGCAAAUCCAGUGAAAUACUGGGAGAUUCAGCCACCCAGUUUUCGGUGUGUUUCCAGCCACAAUUCUGUGCAGCUGGGAAACCACAGAAAGUGAGCGAAAGCAUCAACAUCUUGCCACUGGAGGGCAGCAUUAUAAUAUUAUCGUUUCGUGUCCUCUCGGUGAUGCACAGGACGUAAUUUAUCCAAAAUCCAAGAGUAUCCUCGGUGAUAUACAGACUCGUUACUUGAAUUUGGUGAGGAUUUCAAACACUUUGUUUACAUUGAAAUCUUUUUGACUUUAUAAAGACAGAAGAGCGGUUUUAAUUGCAUAUUUUCAGAUCAGGUGCUAAAUAAAUUUGUAGCCAUGUAUUAAAGGUCUCCAAUUAGUUUGUGUUUAUAAAGGGUACAACUGUUUAGAAACAAAGAACAAUAAAUCAAAUUUACAAGGCCAGUUUGUUUACUAUUUUACUUCUUGUAUUUUAGAGAACGGGCAUUAUUCACAUGGUGCUUAUUCACGGUUUUAGUGAUAACAGCUAAUUAAUAUUGCAUGCUGAAUUUGCAUUAUAUAACUUUUUAUUCUCUGAAAAUAAAAUACUGGACAUGGACAUUCUUGUCAGAUCACAGAAAUGAUGAAAAAUUGAUCUGUAUGGACAACAGGGUUGGUUUCGGUUUACACUGACAUCUGCAAAUCUGUUCUUGCAGCAAGUGUUUUCUUAGCCAGCGGUGCGGUGUUAUUCGUUUCCAAUUCAGAUAUUGUUGUUUCUUUAGAAAAAAUAAAGAAAAAUACAACAGU